CCACAAUGCACCUGUCCUGCCACCGAUGAGGAAAUGUGGAAGAGUUUGGGAAAUGUCAAUUUUGUUGUUGCGUCGUUCGUAACGUCCGUACAUUCCCUGAAGUCAUGACAGAGAAACUCCAGCAGCUCGAGUCUGUGGUGAUAAGAAGCCUCAGACUUUUCAGAGAUCGAUAUUUUCCGUACAAAGCUGACAAAGAAGACUUACAGCCAGCCGCGGACCAAGGAAAUGAAGAAAAAGAAGAGUCGGGAUUUUUGGAAAGUUUACCGGUGGGUGUACAGUUCCAGAUCAUGACAUUCCUGUCUCCUUCUGACAUCUGUCGCCUUGGGGCCACCAGUCAGUACUGGAGAGCAAUGGUGAGAGAUUCAUUACUGUGGAGAUACUUCCUGUUGCGGGACACGCCUGGUUGGUCCUCUAUUGAUCAUGUGACCAUGCCCAACCUGGACAUGCUGGAUGCUCCACUCAUUUCUGUGGAGGAGAGCCUAGACGACAGAGAAGAAGGAGACGAAAGAGAGAGGGAAAUCAAAUUUGACUACAUGUCGGAAUACCUGAAAGGAUGCCCCUCCUGCAGACAGAAGUGGCUCCCUUCGCGGCCAGCCUACGCUGUCAUGACCUCCUUUCUCCAGUACAUCGUGCGUCCAUCGGAACUUCGUUACGCCAUGUUUGGUCCUGGCAUGGAGCAGCUGGAUGUGUCGCUGGUCACCAGGCUCAUGCACGCCCAUGAUGUGCUGCCCGUAGCAACCACUCCUUGCCGACAGACAAAUGGCAUCGGAUCUGGGAUCAGCUACAUGUUCAAAAACCAACACAAGUUUAACAUUUUGACUCUAUAUUCAACCAACAGGGCAGAACGAGAGAGAGCCAGAGUGGAGCAGCAGAGCACCAGCAGCAAGCUCUUUACUGUUGAAGGAACGGACGACUCUGGGAAUCCAUUGUACAGCCCCACUCCUUACGUCCAGAAGGUGUGCCAGGUGGUCGAUGGGUUUAUCUAUGUAGCCAAUGCAGAGUCUGACAGAGUUGACUGGAAAGGCGAGGUUUCCCAGAUCAGAGUUUUGCUAAAUUGUGCGGCAGACUCUGCCUCCAGGCCUCUGCUGGUUCUUUCCUGUGUUGCCAGAGAACAGUCAGAAACUAUAAAUACUACCAAACGCCGAACUCCCUGUGUUUCCGUGGCAAAGAGGCUCGGUCUUCCACAGCUCUCUAACCCCUGGAUGGUGCAGGAUACAGUGGCUGAAUCCUUGUCGGGUCUUUUGGAUGGCAUUUCAUGGCUGCUGAGAAGCUCUGGUGUCAAACUUCAUGACGGUUCGCCCUGAACUCCUGUUGUCACAAAAUACAUUAGCAUUACUGAAAAAAAAAGAGGCAUUUAAAUAACCUAUUAUACUGAAGAAGGUAUUACAAAUCUAAGGAAUUAAACACAGAUCUGAAGAGUAAGGCAUGCUUAAUGAACUUCUUUCUAUUUUUGUGGAGCAGCACACUUAGCUAACGACUCUUAGCUAACGUCUUUGUAAAGUGGGAGGAUCAUUUGAAAAUCGAUGCACUUUUUAUGAUUUUUUAAAUAUAUUUCUUCUUGUAUAAUAAUACAAGUACAUAUUAAAAUGCUACUUUGUUAGACAAUAUUCUGUGAAAAAUUCUACACUGUAAAAUUUAAAAAACAGAAUCAACCGUUUUUUUCUCUCAAUGACCGACAUCUAAGGAUUACAAAAGUAUGACUUCAAGUUAAUCUCAUGAAGGCAGUUUUGUGUUAAUGGAAAAAGAAGUUGUUGUUUUUUUUACUCGUGCUUUUUUGGUUUUAUUUCUAAAAACCAAGUAGGACACAGAGCUGCAGGUGUAAAAUUGGCGUGUUUGUGGAGUUUGAUUUGUUUGAUUACUUUAUUGUUCAUUUUGUGUACACUAUCAAACUGUUGUUUUGUGUUGUAAAUCAUAUUAUGGAAUUGAAUUGUGUUGUAUCUGGUGCUGCAGCAUUGACCAAACUUCUCAGAUGUUGUGUUUCUGGAGAAGUUUUAUUUUUGUGUGGUGGACAUUUAUUUUGAUACUCUAAGCUUAUUUCCGCUUUGUCCACGCGGUGUAAACAGAACGUCGUUCGUCUUUUGGCCUCCAUGAGGCGCUGUCCACACUUUUGUAAUCCUUUUCAAAUAAAACUGUUUUAAAGCUGUUGUAUUUGA